GGCGGCGACGCGACGACCCAGGUCGCAGGUCCGGGCUCCUCCAGUCGCCUCCUCCGGGCGGGGCGGCGGCUGGGGAGUUGUGGCGGCCCGCGGGCUCGCCCGGGCGGCGAGACCGGCAGCGCCCCGCGGUGGGGCGUCAGUUAGCUCGUCCGAGGGCGACGCCUCCGCAGUGGGAACCGGAAGGCUGCGCGGAAAACAGCUGGUCUGCGCCGGAGCCUCCCCUCCGGCGCGCGUCUUCCCGCACGGCCCUCGCGCUGCGCUUCCAGUGACAGCGUAACGUAUUGGGGUGCCGGGGUGUGUCUGCGUGUGUCGGGCGGCGCUCCGGUUCGAAGAUGGCACAAAGGAAAUAUCUUCAAGCAAAACUGACCCAGUUUUUAAGGGAAGACAAGAUUCAACUUUGGAAGCCUCCAUAUACAGAUGAAAAUAAAGAAGUUGGCUUGGCAUUAAAGGACCUCGCAAAUAGAUACUCUGACAAGCUUGGGUGUUGUGAAAAUGAAGUAGAAAAGAUAAUAGAAGAAAUACGCUGCAAAGCAAUUGAGCGUGGAACAGGAAAUGAGAAUUACAGAACAACUGGAAUUGCUACAAUUGAGGUGUUUUUACCCUCAAGACUUAAAAAAGACAAGAAAAAUGUGCUGGAGACCCGACUGCACAUCAGUGGCAGAGACCUGCGGUCUAAAAUAGCAGACACCUUUGGAUUUCAAGAAAAUUACAUCAAGAUUGUCAUAAAUAAGAAACUGCUUCAACUAGGGAAGAGCCUAGAAGAGCAAGGGGUGACCCACAAUGUGAAGGCCAUGGUGCUGGAGCUCAAGCAGUCUGAGGAGGACGUGAGGAAAACCUCCCAGGAAGAGGAGGAGAAACAAAAUGAGGCCGAACUAAAAGAAAAGCGAAUUCAGAGAACGAAGAAAGGGCUGGAGAUCCUGGCAAAGAGAGCUGAAAUGGUGGUGGACCCUGAAACCACACCCUACCUGGACAUAGCAAACCAGACGGGCAGGUCCAUCCGCAUCCCCCCAUCACAGAAGAAGGCCCUUACGUUAGCCAUGGGAUAUCAUGAGAAGGGCAGAGCGUUCCUGAAAAGGAAGGAAUAUGGAAUCGCCCUGCCCUGCCUCCUGGAUGCUGACCGGUACUUCUGUGAGUGCGGCCGAGAGCUGCUGGACACCGUGGAUAACUACGCCGUGCUCCAGCUAGACAUUGUGUGGUGCUACUUCCGGCUGGAGCAGCUGGAAUGUCUUGAUGAUGCAGAGAAGAAGCUCAGCUUGGCUCAGAAAUGCUUGAAAAAUUGUUACGGAGAAAAUCAUCAGCGAUUGGUCAACAUCAAAGGCAACUGUGGGAAAGAGAAGGUGUUGUUUUUAAGACUUUACUUGCUCCAGGGGAUCCGAAACUACCACAGUGGAAAUGGAGAAGAGGCCCGUGAGUAUCUGAAUAAGGCACGGCUGCUCUUCAAGGAGCUGCACAUCGACCCCUCGAAAGUGCACAGCCUGAUGCAGCUGGGGUUCACACCCCAGGAAGCCCGGCUGGCCCUGCGUGCCUGCGAUGGCAACGUGGACCACGCAGCCAUUCACAUCUCCAACCGCAGAGAGGAGCUGGCCCAGAUCAGGCGAGAGGAGAAGGAGAAGAGGCGGCGCCGCCUGGAGAACAUCAGCUCUCUGAAAGGCAUGGGCUAUUCUGCGCGCGCCGCCCGGCAGGCGCUGCACCAGGCUGGCGGGGACCUGGACGGAGCCCUGAAGAUCCUCCUUGGUAACCCUCACAUGUGGUGGCUGAAUGACUCUGCUCCGGACCCCAACAGCCGCCACCGUGAGAGUCCUUCGCAGGAGGGCAUUGAUCAGCUGGUGUACAUGGGCUUUGACUCGGCAGUGGCCGAGGCCGCACUGAAGGUGUUCAGGGGCAACGUCCAGCUGGCCGCCCAGACCCUGGCACACCACGGCGGCAGCCUUCCCCCCGACCUACAGCUGCCAGAGGAGGACUCCUCGUCCACGCCAUCCACGUCUCCUUCGGACUCCGCAGGAACCUCCAGCGCCUCCACAGACGAGGACAUGGACACAGAGGCUGUCAAUGAGGUCUUGGAAGACAUCCCCGAGCACGAGGAAGAUUAUCUCGACUCGACUCUGGAAGAUGAGGAGAUUAUUAUCGCAGAGUACUUGUCCUAUGUAGAAAAUAUACAGUCAGCAACCAACUGAGCCGUGAGCAGACAUGAGGGCGCUUCUGGGUAUAAAUUCUGUCGUGAAAAGCCA